CGGGGGAGACACCUUCUCCUUCACACAGAUCAGCAGACCGCACUCCGCCACACCGUGAAUCGACAGACAGCUGAGGGAUCCCAGUAUAAAUCAGGAAAGCGCGGCGUGGGAAUCCCAGUCAAACCAGGAACCGGCAGCAAGGGAAUCCCAGUUUAAAAACGGAGGAGUCGCGAAGCAGGACGUGUAGUUUGUGCACGAAAACAUAUAAAGACACCCAAGAGGUUUGGGAAGCGCAGACACCGCACCGGCGGCUGGAGCGCCGUGAAUCGUAAGACAGCAAGGGCGACCGUCAUCUGAACCGCAGGAAAAACUAGCAACUGGGAGAAAAGCAAGAGCCGCUGCGUUUUAAGAAGAAAAGGUGCAAAACUUGGAGAAAAAAAAAAACGUGCGUGUCGGUAGCUGGUGAAGGGUGGGGGGCUCCUAGUUCGUCCAGGGUAACGCUGGAGGGGGCGUACAUAGAAAGAGACCGGAGGCAGUCAAUUUAAAGACAAAAGAACGAUGGCAGCGAUGGAGGUUUAGAAGUGGCAGAGGGGGUUAAUGUUAAAAAUGUGCCUAUGUUGUUAAACCAGGCACGGCCGCUGAAUUACACAGAAGGAAAGGAGCAAUAUAACGCAUAUAGUGGACUAUGAGCACAGUACGGUUAUUGAAAUAUUAAAAUAUUAUUGCCGGUGAUAGUAAAAUCAAAAACAGAGAAUAUCCGUUAUUGACUUCAGGUGACAAGAGUUCCGAAGAUAAAAGAGGGACUAUAGUCUGGUUAUAGAAACCAACAAUCAGCACUGUGCUAGUGUGUUGAUGUGUGUGUCCUUGUACACACACACUGUACCCACACUCAGCCCGACACAAGGCAAACUCCACCCCCCACCUCCCUGCCUUCUCUCUCUCCUCCUCUCCCUCCCCCCGGUCCCCUAUGCUCAGUUCAGUGUGUGUCUCCUCUUUCAAAGGGCGCAAGGGGGGGAACAAGUCGGCCAACAAAGCAUGUUACAGUGCAGACAUGACUUGCCCGUCAGACAGCGAGAAAAUUGUGAUAAACUGCGGGGGUGUGCGACACGAAACCUACCGCAGCACCCUGAAGACGCUGCCCGGUACCCGAUUAUCGUGGCUCACCGAGCCGGAUGCGUACAGCAACUUUGACUAUGACCCGAAAUCCGACGAGUUUUUCUUUGAUCGCCACCCUAACACCUUCGCCUUCAUCCUCAACUAUUAUCGUACCGGGAAGCUGCACUGUCCCAGCGACGUAUGCGGGCCGCUCUUCGAGGAGGAGCUGGCUUUCUGGGGCAUCGACGAGACAGACGUGGAGGCGUGCUGCUGGAUGAAUUACCGGCAGCACCGGGACGCGGAGGAGGCGCUGGACAGCUUCGAGACCCCCGAGCCGGACCCUCCCGAAGACGACCCUGCAUUGACGGGGGGCGCGGAUGGAGACCUGAAGAGACUGUGCCUGCAGGAGGAUGGCAGGAAAGCCAGCUGGUGGCGUGUAUGGCAGCCGCGCAUUUGGGCACUCUUUGAGGAUCCCUAUUCAUCCAAAUACGCUCGGUAUGUGGCGUUUGGGUCCCUGUUAUUCAUCCUCAUCUCCAUCUCCACCUUCUGCCUGGAAACGCAUGAAGCCUUCAACACCAUCUACAAUAAAACAGAGAAUGUGACUGUGGGGAAUGUCACGCGUGAGGAGGUGGUCUUUGAGGUGGUCACCGACAGCUGGCUCACCUACGUGGAGGGCGUAUGUGUCAUCUGGUUCACCAUCGAGGUUCUGCUGCGUGUCAUCUUCUGCCCCGACAAGGCCGAGUUCUUCAAGAGCACCCUCAACAUCAUCGACUUCGUGGCCAUCCUGCCCUUCUACCUGGAGGUGGGGCUAAGCGGCCUGUCUUCCAAAGCAGCCAAGGACGUGCUGGGCUUCCUGCGGGUGGUCCGCUUUGUGCGGAUCCUGCGUAUCUUCAAGCUGACCCGCCACUUUGUGGGGCUGCGAGUUCUGGGCCACACACUCCGGGCCAGUACCAAUGAGUUCCUGCUGCUCAUCAUCUUCCUGGCGCUGGGCGUGCUCAUCUUCGCCACCAUGAUCUACUAUGCCGAGCGCAUCGGUGCUGACCCUGGAGACCCCACCGCCAGUGCCCACACCAACUUCAAGAACAUCCCAAUUGGGUUCUGGUGGGCUGUGGUGACCAUGACCACCCUGGGCUAUGGGGACAUGUACCCGGUCACAUGGUCGGGCAUGUUGGUGGGAGCCCUAUGUGCCCUGGCAGGGGUGCUGACCAUCGCCAUGCCUGUGCCCGUCAUCGUCAACAACUUUGGGAUGUAUUACUCGCUGGCCAUGGCCAAGCAGAAGCUGCCUAAGAAGAAGAACAAGCACAUCCCACGGGCACCGCAGCCUGGCUCACCGAAUUACUGCAAACCCGAUGCCCUGGCUAUGGCCACGGCUUCGCCGCAUAGGAUCCUCGGCAACGUACUGAGUGGGGUGACUGGCUCUGGAAGCAUGGGAGGGGACUGUCCCCUGGCCCAGGAGGAGAUCAUCGAGAUCAACAGGGCAGGUGAGUACUCUAAGCAGAACGGGGACGCUGCCAACGCCGCACUGGCCAAUGAGGACUGCCCAACAAUUGACCAGGUGCUUGGGCCUGAGGAGAGGAGUCCUGCGACGAGCGGGAUUGGAGGCCGAGAGCGGUACCCACAUGACCGCGCUUGCUUCCUGCUCAGCACAGGCGAGUUUCGCGCUGCAGAUGGGAACGUGAGGAAAGCCGCGUCGGGCUAUGAGAAGUCCCGCAGCCUGAACAACAUUUCUGGCAUGGCGGCGGCCUCCAUGCGCCUGACCCCCAUCAGCAGCGCCCCCUACGAGCGCUUUGAGCCCCCAGGGCCCCUGCGUCGCUGUCGCUCCCCCAUCCCAUCCAUUUUGUAGCAGAACCAGACUAACGACUGUGCCACUGGCCAAUAUAAUGAUAAUGAUAAUAAUGAAUCCCACAGCGCCCCCGUCCCAAUUGGGCCGGAACUGCAGGCUAUUGGUGUGUGGUCAAAUAUUUGCACUUAAAGUAUAUAGAAUAUUUAUUUUGAUAAUAAGCUUUAAAAAGAGCCAUUGCUUGGUCAGAUUCUGACCUGAAAGCUCACACCAAAAGAAAAACCCAGUCCAACCCAAUCUCAAUGAAUUAGAGAGAUCUUCUAGAAGCUUCCGAAGGCUUCUCAACGUUUUAAGAAUGACUUGUAGCCAUUUACUUGAUCUCUGAUGCGAAUACAGUGUGUAGGAUAGCUAACACACACACACACAGACACAUACAAUCACACGCACACACACACACACACACACAGUAAGCGAACACAGCUACACACACUGCUGUUAAAACAAACAUCAACGGAAAAAAUAUCACCCUUUAUUAUAAUGGGUGGCAAUCAGAAAAUGCAGAAAAUUAUUGUCAUUAUCAUUAUUGAUAUUUUUACAAAUAUUAGAAGGAGGGUAAAAGACUGCAUACUCAUUCUUGAAAUCAUUGACAUUAUUAAUAUAUAAAAACUAAAUAGCAGUGAAAAAAAUGCAGAGUGGAAUUACAUGUUUAUUUUUUUAAAGGAGGGCAGUGAAGAGGAGAGGGGCAGGGCUGGUGUGGAUUCAUGGGUACUUUUCAGGGAGAGAAAGAUGACAGAGGAGAGAAGCUUUCACUUAGCCUUUUUCUUUAUCAUGGAUUGACUUUCACUCAAGGAACCAACAUGCAAAGACUCUAUUUUAAUAAGAAUGGAUGAUGGACAGAAAAGUCACUAAGCCUGGAAAAGGGGAGGAGCCACUCAGUCGAAAGCAAAUAUCAUGUAGCCUGGAAAAGGGGAGGAGCCACUCAGUCGAAAGCAAAUAUCAUGUAGCCUGGAAAAGGGGAGGAGCCACCCAGCCAAUAGCGAAUAUUCAUCACUCAGCCUGGAAAAGGGGAGGAGCCACCCAGUCAAUAGCGAAUACUUAUCACUUAACCUGGAAAAAGGGAGGGGCCAAUAUUCAUCACUUUGCCUGGAAAGGGGAGGAGUCACCUCCAUAGCUGUAGCUUUUAUUUUUUCCUUCUUAUUUAAAUUGUUGACAGACACACAUCUGCAGUACUGUACCCUGAAUGCAGUGCCCUCCCUCCAGCCGGCCCCCCCAGUGCACCCCUGUCAACCUGCUUGAUGUGGUUCCUGGAAUCGUUAGCGGAAAGUCCCUUUUUAUUGCCAUUUUUUGGCUACGUGCUCCCUAUUUUGUUUACAUCUUAGGUAUUUUCCUUUUUUUUGUUUCGUUUUCUCUUUCUGUUUUCUUUGUUUCCACCCCCCCCCCAUCCUCCCUUGCAUUUCGGAUGACGAUCUCCGGGCGAAAAUGAAGGGGGGACUCUGAGUGGAGGCUGGACUGCCAGCAAGCGAUAGAGGAAGAUGAGGAAGAUGAGAGAAGGAGCAGGCAGCGGGUGUCCAGGCAGACGGCGUUACCGUGUUUAUCUAUGAGCAGACAGGGGUCCAGCUCCCAGCCACGGCGCUUAUGAGCAGACGAUUAGCAAGCAUCCCAUCUCCUUUUCUAUGAUUCAAGUGCAAAUAUGUCAGUGACAGUAAUAGUAAUGAUAUGAAAAUAUUUUUCUACCCGUAUUGUUAUUAUUGCUACUUAUGUGUCUGGUCACUCUUCAUAAGGAACUUUUUUAUUGAUGGUUCAUUUACAGAAUAGGUCUUUAUUUUUCUAAUUGCUAAAUUAUCUUUCCCUUUUUUGUUUUAAUAUAUCCAAAUGGAAUAUGUAAAUGUAAUGAUUUACAUUCUGCAGGCUUUGCAUUAGCUAUAAACAUGUUUCUCUUAGUAUGUCGGGGAAUUUAAACCUGUUACAUUCAUUAUCAUCCUUUGGCUUCCCUUGUCCUCUGAUAUCUUCCUUCCCCAAACGUGGAGGAGGUGACGUGCUGAAGGCGGUGGGCGCAGUUGCAUUCUCUGAGACAUGCGGAGCCUCCUUGGCCGAGGCGUCAGCUCGGGCGCUAAAGGACGGGCCUGAGCAUCCUGGGGAGCAAAACCCAGCGUGACGCUGGCCCAGUCCCAAAGCCCUUGUGGGGCCACACCCCAACCAGUGCUUUGCUGUCUCUGGGGUGCAUUUGGCGACAGAGAAAGCAACUUUGCUAAAGUGUGUUUGCAAAAAAAACAUAUAAAUUAAAAAAAAAACAAACAAACAAAAAAAAAACUAAAAAGAAACAAAAAAGCUCAGGACACUUUAAAUGAAGCAUAUCAUUAGGAAAGGCCUGCUGUGCGUGAAUGCCUUUUGGAGAGCUAGGCAUGUAGGCCUGUAAGCACUGCGCUGAAAUGGCUGCCGCUCUUAUGUAACCAUGUAAAAUAUACUGAUUUCUGGCUUCACACACACACAGCAUAUACAGAAUAAUGCCACUUCUGUCACCUCUUUUAGGUUUGGGGGGAUAAUUGCUCUGUAUUCCAAAGCUGGACCCCCAGCACGCCCUAAGCCGCCAUGUCUUUGUUCCAAAUUCCCUUUCUUUUCCUGUAUCCAUGUCUUUUCACUCCAUCGCUUUCCUCUAUUUCUCCUCCUUCCUGUAUCCAUGUAGUUUCCUUCUCUCCCCCUGUUUCACUUUCUUCCUGUAUCCAUGUCGUUUUCUUCUCUCUCCUCUGUUCUUCUUCCUUGCUACAAUUGCUUCAUCCUUUGCAUCUCUGUCCCUCCUCCAUUCCUGCCCUUCCCUGUAUCUGCAUCAUUUUCCUCUCCAUCUUGCUCCUCUGGUUCCUGGUUCCUGUAUUUGUACUAAACAAUGUGCUUAUAUUACACCCAUAAUGGCUCUAAAUGAUAAGUAUAGUUUUAAAAUUAGUUUUUAUUAUUUUUUUUACAUGCAUGAGUUCCUACUGCAAGCAAUAAGAAAUGAAUAUAUCUGUAUUGUCUAUAUUAUGAUCUACGAGUAUGUUUUGAUAAGGCACCUUGUUCUGUUUAAAUGUAUAUGUAAAUUCAUAUAUGCGUACAUAUAUGUACAUGUACGUAAACGUGUGCAUUUAUAUGCAGCUACAAGCUGGCUGAUUGCAUGCUGAUUUCUGGACCUCCUAACAGGCAGAAGGGACGCUGCUCUGCAUGCCUUUGGCCACUAGGGGGUGUCUUCCCUGUGACUCAUGUGGCUUUGGGGUUACUUUCACAGUCAGCAGUACAGUGGAUGGGACUGCAGGCUGGAUGAUGUCAUUAUCAGUACUAUGAUUUUGUAAUUUUUUUCAUCUUUUUUACAGAAAUCUAUUCUGAAAGCUUAUCAGAUAUAUGCAAAAUGAAGCAGUAACUGUGAGUUGACCCAAAAAGACAGAAACAAAUCGACUUCUUCCUUCAGUUAUAGGUUCUAGCUAAAUGCAGCUCUUCUGCUCCUCCUGCAUUCAUCCUCCUUUUCUGUCCUCCAUCUAUCAGUCUCACACUGGGUUCCCUCCUUUAGAAGCUGAGAGGCACAGUUUUGCCAAGGCUGAGAGUCAGGAGGUGUUGAGAUCUCACCCUUCAUGUGGGCUUGCAACCCAUUUACAUGACACACUGAAAUGUCUCUGAAUGUCUCCUACAUGGAUGGUAUCUAUUUCAGAGACAGAAGUUGGUCAACAGCAUUUACUUCAGUCACCAUUUCAGUCUGUUUCAGUCUGUGACGUUUGUCAUUUCAUUCAGUAUCAUUCUGUACAUUGAUACAACUGUGGACAGUGUGCCUUCACUGAUCUACAGCUUAUAUUCACUCCAGGGUGUCUCUGCAGAGUGGCAUGUUCACUGAAGACUUAGGUGACAGGUGACCAUGUUUGGCCAGCAGGUCCAUCAUCACUUGGCACAUGAAGCUGUGGUCAUAUGACAGUUACCUAAGAAACACAGCAUACCUAAUGAUUGUGGGCCUUCUCACUGUGAUGAAAGGCCUUCCACAAUUACAGCACUUUAUACAUCUACACAUCCUCAUGGAGGGUAUGUUAACUUCAGUCGAUUUAAUAUUGUGGAAUAAAACUACAGAACCACAGGCAGACACAGGGAUAAUAAUACAGAACCACAGGCAGACACAUGGAUAGUAAUAAUACAGAACCACAGGCAGACACCGAGAUAUUAUUUCUGAACCACAGGCAGGUCCAGAAAUAAUAAUACUGAACCACAGGUAGACACAGAGAAAAUAAUACAGAAAUACAGGCAGACACAUAGAUUGCCAUACAGAAACUGACAGAUAGUAAUACAGAACCACAAGCAAACAGAGGCAAUAAUACAGAACCACAGGCAGACACAGCUGUAGUACUACAGAACCACAGACAGACACAGAGGUGAUAAUACAGAAACACAUGCAGAAACAAGGAUAGUAAUACAGAACCACAGGCAGAUGCAGGCAUAGUAAUACAGAACCAGUUGAAAUAGAAGAACAGCAGCAUGGGAGUUUCCCACAGCACUAUGAAGGUGCAGAUGGAUGCAUGACGGCUGGAAGAUGCAGAGCAGAUCUGCUUUGACGCAGAACCUCGAUUUCUGAACCUGGACUCUUCAUUCACUCAUCUGCUCACUUCUCCGGCCAUUUGUUCCUAUUCUCUAAUCUUUUCCUUUUUGUCUAACACUUGAUAAAACUCAGGAAUUUAUCUUUUCAUGACCUUGACGCUUUUCUUUCUUAGUGGAAAUAAUGUCUGUCUGAAGUGGAAAGGAAAGAGUUAACAGUAUUGAAAAUGCUUUGUGAGAUGACUGCCUUCGUGUUGUACUUGUGUCUCUGUACAUUCCCCACUUUGUCUUUCCCAUUUUUCCAUCGUCUCCACCCUUUCCCUCUGACACUUCACUCUUUUUCUUUGUGGUAUACAACUCUAACUGUAAUACUUCCACAAAAGUGAACUCUUAACAAUGGGAGUGAGAACAGUUAAUAUGAAUAUCUCCCCUUAAAUGGAAUACAAAUGACAGCCCUCAAGAAUAGAAACGGAAAAAAAACAACAUAAAGAAUGAAAAUGAUGUUUUUGGGGGAAGCAUGUGAAGUGUAACGUAAAAAGAGGACUGUCAGCCAAGGAAGAAAGAACUAAGACUGCAAACGGAGCAGGAAGGCGAUCGUUGGCCGCUGCUGAGUUUCUAAAACCUCCCUUUUCUCUAAAGAAGAAACAUCUAUGACAAAAUCCAGUCUGCAAAAGGAAGGGCGGUGCAAAAGCGCGGCGGAAAAGAUGGAGAGAUAGAGAGAGAGAGAGAAUGAGAAAGAGAGCCAUCUCCAUGCACAGAUAGACUGAGACUCUCGUUAUGAGAACAUGGAGGGACACACAAACUCCCUGCAUAUAUGUUACUGCACCAUUGUGAAGCCCUGACCACUUAUGUAGCAUUUGUUGAUUGAAGACAAGCUGUUAUAGGAGAAUCUCCUGAAUAACACAUUGGUAUGUCACUGCUGUAGAUCUCUAACCAAUGACUGAGCCAUGCCCGCCUCCCUUUUCCAACCAGCCAAUGACUGAGCCAUGCACGCCUCCCUUUUCCAACCAGCCAAUGACCGAGCCAUGCCCGCCUCCCUUUUCCAACCAGCCAAUCACCGAGCCAUGCCCAUCUCCCUUUUCCAACCCACCAAUGACCAAGUCAUGCCUGCCUCCCUUUUCCAACCAGCCAAUGACUAGGCCAUUCCCGCCUCCCUUUUCCAACCAGCCAAUGACUGAGCCAUGCUCACCUUCCUUUACCAACCAGCUAACAGCUGACCCAUGCCCGCCUUCCUUUUUCAACCAGCCAAUGACUGAGCUAUGCCCAUCUUCCUUUUCCAACCAGCCAAUGACUGAGCCAUGCCUGUCUUCCUUUUCCAACUAACCAAUGACUGAGCCAUGUCUGCCUCCAUUUUCCAACCAGCCAAUGACCGAACCUUGCCCAGCUUCUUUCUCAAAUCAGCCAAUGACUGAACCUCGUCAAUCUUCAUUCUCUGAAUAACCAAUAAGUGAGUCUCCACAUCUCUCUUCUGAUCAGCCAAUGACUUAGUCAUGCCCAAAAACUAGUCAGCCAAUUGCUCUCUCCUUGGAUUAGCCAAUGACUCUGCCUGCUCAGUGUUUCUCCUAUAACUAACCAGAAGGGCAACCAGAAGGUUCCUCUCACUUGGUGAAAACAGUAUAAAGGUUUCAUGUAUUCGUCUGUAACUUCAUAAGCUGGCUGAGGCAGUGGGGGCCUGAAGCCUGGCUGACAGACAGGCUAGAUGGAGGUUCUCACUCACAACAUGACAAGCCACAGCACAGCACACAUGGAACUGCUCCCCACUUGCUCACACCUCUGUAUAAGCACUGGCACUGUUGAUGCUUCAUGGAUCUUCUAAGCCAAUAUGAGCCCCUCGGCAGUCAGCUAAUGUGAAGAGGGACCAAUCACAUGCUCUGAUCUGAGAAUCAACAUCGUCAGCUACUUUUGUGUCUGCAAACAUCAGGGGCAGCGGGAAUAACAUCUGGCUGGUGCACUCUCUCUCUCUCUCUCUCUCUCUCUCUCUCUCCUUCCCUCUCUCUCCCUCUCUCUCUUCAUUCUUCAACAUUUCAUAGUUCAGCUGCCACGUUACGCAUCGCAUGGCAUGAAAGAAAUAAGAAGGACUGAGGCCUACAAGUGGAAUCAGCAACAUAUCUUACUUAAAUCACAAUCACCAAGAGUGAAGACUCAAAAACAAACAUAAAAUUAACUCAAAUGAGCAGCUUCUCACGGUGAAACAGAAGAGAGUGAAAAGGGUUUAGGAGUUCAGAGAAGGUACCAUGUACAGAAAUGGUGAAGGUUUAUGCUUCUAGACAAAUCAGGGGAGAAGACAAAAAAAAAACAAAAGAGCAUUUUUAUUACCUAGUUUACCAGCAUGAUGAUUCUGCAUGACUUUACUUCUGCAAGGCCUGACUGGAAAAAGGAGAGGUCAGUAAUUAAAAAAGAAACUAAAAGACAUACGUUAUAUGCAACUCAGACAAAAAAAGGAUUAUACAAAAGAGGAUCUCUAUUUUGUUUUGAAUAAUAAAAAAAAUAAAUAAAAAAACAAUACUGCAAGAUGAACAAUACUGAACAAUAUUUUGUUAAGAAAUCGGUUUGAGUGCCGGACAUGAACUCUGCCACGAGCUUCCUGGAAACUCUGGAAAUCCCUGGAAGUCCUUGCAUCUCCUCUGCCCUGGGGCUGAUUCUCCUGCGACUCUGCCCCUUUUCUUCUCACCCAAGUCCUGUGACUCCACCCCCUUUUUCCCACCUAAGCCCUGUGACUCUGCCCCCUUUGUUCCCACCUAAGCCCUGUGACUCCGCCCCCUUUAAUCCCACCUGGGCCCUGUGACCCUGCACCUUUGUCCUACCCAGGCCUUCGCCCCACUCUCAAACCCAUGCUUCCUCCUGAGGGCUGCUAGCAAGGCUUGAAAGCAGCGCUACCCCAGGCCAGUUGUGGGAACACGGCGCCCCCCUGUGGCUGUGGCACCAUUUGCUCCUGAUUGCAACACCAACAACAGCAAAUAGCAUUUUUAUUUUUAACUUGUUUGAAAGACAUUGUUUUUGCUGGAUGGUGCUUUAUCUCGAGUCCCUUUGUCCUCGCCUUUCCCAUCAUAAUGUGAGUGUGUAGCUGGUGUCAUGGCUGAAGCCUUGCACUGCCCCCUGCUGGUACCACUGAAAAUGUCCCCACAGUGGUACAUGAUGCAUGACAUUGUCAUGCUCCUGGGGUCACCAGCUCUCUGAACUGCCUCUGUGUUUGGGGAGCCAGUGGCUGUGGUUCGCACCCGAGGGCCUGGGCCUGUGCAGGGUCUGCUCUGGUCUAGCAAUAGCAAACAGUGGCAGCUGACGGGUGAUGCAAGCUUGGACCUGUGGCCUACAGUCGAAGUGAGUCGUAUCGUGUAAAUCUUCAGUGAUUAAUGCAUUUUGUACCAUUAUGCUGUCUGACAUGUGAGGGAUGCAGAAGGUUAUGGCCCUGACUUUUAGAAAAAUCCCAAAGCAGGCAAGUCAAGGCAGGAACUGAGAUUCACUCAGAUUAGUUAGUUCAUCUUUAUUUUACAUUCUUUUUUUCCACAAUUAAACUGCUUGAUAAAUUCACCCUAUUUUCUUUUUCUUCUGUUCACCUUUUCUUUCUCUCAUUGCUCGCUCUCUCCCUCCCUCCCAGUGCUUCCUUUAUUGUCCUGAUAUAUGGAAGACAAAUGUUUUAAGAGUUUUAAGACACACCUGCCUAGUCCCUCCUGCUUCUAGGGUUAGCGAGAUGAAAGGCUGUUUCGGACACAGAUGCUGAAAACGUAGCAUGAAACAGCCAAGCGCCGGUGCCUCGGAGUGUCUGUCCAGGUCACCAGAGCUGGGGUCGCUCUUCUCACCUAAUCAAAGCCAAAACCCUCAUUAGACCAAUGGCAGCAGCAGCAUCUGUGCACCUUUACUUGAAAUAAACCUGGAAACAUAUCAGAAGCGCGCAGUGCGGACCUUGCAGUCACAUGGCUGUGCUGCCCUUUGACCUCUCUCUCCGUCCCCGCUCUGCUCGCUCGCUGGCUCCAUGCAUUUUCCUCCUUUGCAUCCCUGCCUCCUGUUUUAAUGUCAUAUUGUUUGAAGUUGAAUUAUAACGCAUGUGUGAAAAAAGAAAACAAAGCUUACUUCUGAAAUGGAAAGAAUGAUGUAACUCUCUCUCUCACCCCAUAUCUGCUCUUUAAAAGUACUGAAAGAAAAUGCUGAGCUAACAGCCUGCAAGUAGGAAGUGGAAGCGUGCUUUCAUUUGCUUCCCACCUGUUGUUCUAUUUCAUUCCAUACGGAACACUUUUGAUUCCUCUUUGUUUAAGGACCCAUAUAACCGGCUUAAUUCCACCAAAAGCACACAGUUAAACUCUCAUACCUCUUGGUCACUCAGGUAAUCUCUGUGCUUCCAAGUACAGGAACCUGGACCAUUUUUGAGUUCGUUGGUGGCAGAGUUUGCAGGAAGCUGAUGUCAGAGAAAGACAACAAAAGAUCACUUACAUGUGUGGGCACUGUACGUAGUUCCACCAAUGCAAAAAAAAAAAACUAAAAAUAGAAGGCCAGAUGU